UAUGUGGGCGCCGGCGCCCUGUCGCUUGCCCGCCCGACCUGACAACUUGGCUUUCCCGGGGAUUUUCCGCGACCGCCCGGUUGUUCGCCGUUUUACCAACCGAACGGAUACGCGCUCGCCAGAGAAUGUAUGGAUAACAAAAUACACUCAAUAGCCCAGAGAACAUCGCCAUGGCACCGACGUUGCCAGAGUGGGCUUGUAUGAUCAAGAAUAAAGUUCUUCAAAUAUUUAAAGAGCCAAAUCAACACCAAUAUGAUGAAUUUGAAUUCAACAAAUCACAUUUAGAAAAGUCUUCCAUUCCUUAUAAAGAAGAUUACUCUGGAGAUGCUGAUGGCCGACCAGGUCUUCAAAGUCCUACCGAAUCACUACCAUCACCUGUCCGACCUCCACUUAGGCAUAUUGACCGUUAUAUUGCACCAGAAAUUCCAAACCUGAGUAAACGUUAUACAAUAGCUGUAUUAACAUGCAUCGGAUUUAUGAUUACAUUUGGGAUGCGAUGCAACAUGUCUAUGGCAAAAUUAAAAUUCCAUAUAGAUUCUGACGAUGAUACAUCAAGUCAAAUAAAUAAUACGACUACAACAACAAUACAGACUCCUUUACCGAAGCAUAUGACCAUACACGAAACACCGAUUAAUUGGUCACUAGGGUCAUUUAUCGCAAUCGAGACGUCGUUUUUCUGUGGCUAUUUAAUAACUCAAAUUCCUGGUGGUUUUCUUGCUUCUAAAUAUCCGGCUAACAAAGUAUUUGGAAUGGCUGUUGUGAUGUCGUCAAUGCUCAACUUAUUAAUACCUGCGGCGACUGAAGUUCAUAAAUCGUCCUACGUUAUUUUUAUACGAACACUUCAAGGAUUGGUUGAGGGAGUAACAUAUCCCGCUUGCCAUGGUAUCAUGAGAUAUUGGGCUCCUCCUCUAGAAAGAUCUAGACUAGCUACUAUAGCUUUGUGCGGAUCCUACGCAGGAGUGGUAGUCGGUAUGCCACUUUCAGGGACGUUAAUCGAUUGGUUCAGCUGGGAAGCUCCAUUUUUUGCUUAUGGCGUGAUGGGUAUGAUAUGGUACGCUUUUUGGCUGUGGUUAGCCUUUGAAAAACCUUGUCUUCAUCCAACUAUAAGUGCUAAAGAAUUAAAUUAUAUAGAGAAAUCAUUAGGAGCUGUUAAGCAGUCGCCACCUCCAACGUUAACGAAUACACCAUGGAAAGAAAUUUUUCAUUCGAUGCCUGUUUAUGCUAUCAUAGUAGCAAAUUUUUGCCGCUCUUGGAACUUUUAUUUAUUAGUAUUAUUCCAAUCUUCCUAUCUUCAUACAUUUAAUUUUGAAGUAUCAGAAGCUGGCUACAUUGGAGCUUUGCCUCAUCUUGUUAUGACGAUAGUAGUACCAUUAGGAGGUUUGUUAGCCGACCAUCUUCGUAGAAAUGGCAUUCUAUCGACAACAGCAGUUAGGAAAAUUUUUAACUGCGGAGGAUUUGGCAUGGAAGCCACUUUCUUCCUUAUGUUAGCUACUGCCGACACUGCAUUAACAGCUAUGAUCGCCAUGACUUGUGGUGUUGCAUUUAGUGGCUUCGCUAUAUCAGGAUUCAAUGUUAAUCAUUUGGACAUUGCUCCAAAAUACGCUAGUAUAUUAAUGGGUAUAUCAAACGGUAUUGGUACUAUAGCUGGUCUCUUAUGCCCAAUAACUAUAAAUCUCAUUAUAAUUCACAAGACAAAAAAUAGUUGGGCUGAAGUAUUUAUUUUGUCAGCUAUGAUUCAUUAUGUUGGAGUUGUAUUUUAUGGAUUUUUUGCGUCUGGUGAACUUCAAUCAUGGGCAGAACCCAAAGUCGAAGAAGAACAACAAAUGAACGAGAUGAAUAUAGAGAAGAAAAAGCUCCCAACUUACGGUUCAGUUGAACAAACCAAUCUAGGCUAUGAAAAUACGCAUCUUAAAGCUAGGAGUACCGAAAUCGAGCCCGCUGCGCUUACUGAAAAUCCUACAAACCCAUUUCUAGCAAAACCUGCAUCAACGAACCCUUUUGCGCCGGUACCAUAAAAAACCCUAUAUUACAUAUUUUGUGAAAACUAUACAUAUUAUAUAUUUCAAGCAAUAAAUCAUAAUGUGCAUUGUUAGAACUUUUUCCUUGUCUCAAUUAGAUUAAAAUAAUUCGAUUAUUUAAUAAACUCGCAUUUAGGAAUUAGGACACUUAUAUGAUAUUAUUUUGCGUAGCGUACCUUAACUUCAGAUGAUGUGUUAGUACUCUUUUAAGAUACUUUCAAACUUUUUCAUCGUCAGAAUGUACUUGAUGUGCUUACUUAUUUCUGAAUUGAAGUGAGUAUUUAUAAUAUUGAUUAUCUAUUCUUGUGUAUAAGUUUAAUCUAUUACAAUUUGACAGUUUUAUUCACUAUAAAUAUUCAAAACAGUAGAAUUUUACAAUAACCAUUUAAGUUGUAGUGCAAAAUUUUUUUAUUGCAAUGUUAAUUAUGAAUCCUCCACAAUGAGCUCGGGGGUCAUCAGGGUUCAUUAUAAAUAAAACGAUUUCGUUUUAUCAAUUUUUGAUGGCUAAAUAAAGUAUAGGAAUUUUUUUAAGCAUUAGUAUGUUAUUAAAGUUCUAACUUCAAAAAAGUUCCAUUAGUAUUGGGGAAUGAAUCACCGUUCAAAACAGUCUAAUCAUUUUGUUAAAAUUUUAAGAAAAAAAUUAAUACUAAUUAAUAUAAUAAUUUCAUGACACUUUAUUUUAUUUUUUCAAAAAAGACAUUUAGUGUACUUACUAAAUGAUUUUGACUGAUAUUUAAAUAUAGUAAAUUUUCAAUAUAAGUUAUUUAUCGAUUAUACGAUUUAAUUUUCAACAAAUAUUUUUGGAUCGAAAAUAGAAUAAUUAACAUAGGUAACCAUAAAAUGAUUUUUCUAAAUCUCAUUCUUAAAUGUAAUGAAUGCCUUUUCAAAAUUCGUCCUACUGUGAUAUGGAUAAGCUAGCUACAGUCAUCUAAAUGACUGGUCUAGUUAACUUUUUUGUGAACUAUAUCAACUUAUGCCCUAGUUGUAUUCUUUAUUGUUAAUACUUAACUGAUAUUAUAGGAUUUACUUUGUGGUAAAUGAAAAAAAUACAUUUAAAAAUAAUUGGUUUUAUAGAGUUAAUGAAAAAUAUACUUUUAAUUUUUUUUUUUCAAUAUUAUAUUUAAGAAUUAAUUUAAAUAUUAUGUCAAUUAAAAUAGUUAUAACAAUAAUACUUGUACUUUAUGUGUGUCACACCUCUAUCAACUAACGAUAAAAAAGAACUCUGUUUGAAAUUUCAUAAUUAUGUAAUUUUAUAAUAUAAGUUAAAAAUUAGUAUAGAUAUUAGAAUUAAAAUAAUUUGGUUUUGAUUGAGUAGUUUUUAUAUUAUUUUAACGAUGGACUUAUUGAAUUGAUUAAGUUUAGAUCACAAAUAUUAAAAAUUAAUUUUUUUGUGAAUUAAAAUUUUAACUAAUUAAUGUAAGUAUAAAUUUAUCUAAUAUAAGUAGAAUUUAAGGUGAGAUAACUAAUGAAAGCUAUCUCAAGGCUGACAUGACAAUAAAUUAAUAUUAAUGCUAGGUUUAAUAUUAAUGUUAAGGUUUUCAUUGUUAAUUUAUUAAAAGGUCCAUUAAUUACCUAAUUUUUUUGAAGUUUAUUAUUGUUUUUGUUGAAAUAUUUAGAAUUGAUUUGGUUAUUUGUUUUUGUUACUAAAUUUAAGAUUUGUUAUUUAUGUAUAACAUAAUUUUGUAGUUAUAAUUGUUUAAAAUUAAUUUGUUAAGAUUUAAUAAUAUUUCACACAAAAUAUUGAAAGACUAAAAUUAUAAUGUCCUAUUUGGACAUUAUUGAAUCCAAAAAUCCACCAUAGAACAAUAAAUUAAAAAUGUUUUAUUAUACAUUUUGCAUAAUAAAAAUAAAUUAAUAUUCGAUUAUAAAUCACUAACAUAAACAAUUAUGUUUUAAAAACUAUCUUAAUAAUUAUAUCUAUGAAUGCAUGAACUAAUUAAAGUACGUCAUGAUGUAAAAUUCUAAAUUUAAGAUGGUUACUUUUGUAUAAAGCCAUUCAAUUAAUUUGAUUAAAAUUAGUACAACCACUAUAACAGAGGUGGACUGCUCACAGGAACAAGGUGCCAAUUACUCCUGGGGCGCUGUCUAUAGAUAGAACAAUGAAAGCCAUACCGUAAUUCGGUUUGUAAAACUGAUUUUAGACCUUCUAUUUGCUUAUAUUUUUUCUUUAAUGGAGUGAUAAAAAUAUUUUAUGAAGCGAUGUGGGCCACCACAAUUAUUGUGCCUUCUGAGCUGUUAGCCUUUCAGUCCACUCCUGCGUUAGAAAAACUUAAGAAUUCUUGAAAAAUUCACAAAAUAUAAUUAUCAAUUACGCUAGUUAAUGAAAGAUACACUGUUUUGAAUUGUUUUUGUAAAUUAAUAAGGAACCUUAAUUUAAUUCAGUGAUUUUAAUGUUGCAAUGUAUGGAAAAUACUUCACUUUUUUUUUUUCUAACCUAUGUUGUAUUAAAUUUUAUAGCGUGUAUUGCUUAAUAACACGAGUAGAGGUAUAAAAUAUAAAACAAUUUUUUUUACUAAGUAUAUUUUAUUGUUACAUAAUUUAAGGUUUAUUAAAUUAAUUAAGAUCUUUAAUACUCUAUAAAUUUUAAGAUAAAUUAAAUCCCAUUCAAUAUUUUUACAAUUCUUGGAUGUAUACAGUUUUAUUUUAAUUUUAAAUAAAAAUUUAAGUACGCAUAAUUACAAAUAUAAUGAAAUUUCAUAAAACAUUGUGUUAAGAAAUGAUUAUACACACUGGUCAACUAAAAAUUUAAGUCCGGGUUUUAAAUACAUUAUGGUUAACAAAAUAAUGUAGUAUCUGUUUAGUUAUAUGGAAUUUGUAGCAUUUUAUUCACAAAUAAAAAAAUACUAAAUUUCCUUCAUUAAAUUAAAACUAAUAACAAUUUUUAAAAUUCGCCAAUAUAGAAUCAAUUACUUUUUUCCCUACAUUAUAUAUAUUUCAUGUAAUAUAUUAAAUAUAUUUGGAGAUUAUGUAGCAUACAAACAGAUAAUCUAUGACACAAUCUUAUGUAAUUAUUAAAUUUUUUAAAAAUUAUAAAAUCAAUAAUUUUUAAAAAAUAAUGGUCGUUUCAAUUUUAUAGAUUUAAUGGAAACAAAAAUUUAUCAUUAAUAUAUAAACACAAAAAAAAACAAUUUUUUUUGUUUACCUGUGUUAUCAAUAGAUAUAGAAAUUAUAUUACAUUAGCAUUAUAUAUAUAUAUAUUAGUAAAAAAGAUUCAAGUAGCAAAAAAAAAAUAAAUACAAUAAGAUUAACUUUACUUUUAUAGUAAGCUUUAUUUAUUUUUCUAGAAUUGAGUGUAAUUUAACGUUUGAUAAAUUGAUACUACUUUUUCCUGUUAAGUAUUACUAAAUUGUUUUUGUAUUUCUUCUUUUUAAAAAUUUCUUAUUGUAAAGUCUUAUUGUAUAUCUAACUGACUUAAAUUACCAACCAAAUUAGGCGAAAAUAUAUAUACCUUAGUUUAUACUAAAUUAUCCUAGUUGAAAAUAUGAUAUUACUAAUAAUGUACUUAAUUAAGAUAUUUCAGCUUUAUUGUGAAGUUGAACAUGUUGUAUUAUUUAUUUAAAUAA